UGGUCCUCUGUAUUGUCAGUGUGAUAGUUUUCAGCUGGGAGGGCACCAGCUGCUAUAUAAAGAAAUGGGGGUGGGGGAAGAGAGAUUGAAGUAGUUUUUCUUGCAGGCAAGAGGAUCUGGCUGUGGCAGGAACUUCUCCCUUCUUGCUUGGACAAAAUAAUGGCUUCUAAGAAGCAGGAAGAACCCAGCCCCUCCUUGGAGAGUAGACAAGAGAAUGUGAUCACCAGAGUGUCCAACCUGCCUUUGGUGAGCAGUGCCUAUGACUUGGCUGCCUUUGCGUAUGCCUGGACCAAAGAGAACCACCCCUACGUCAAAGCGGUCCUGGAUCUGGCUGAGGAAGGCGUCAAGCACAUCUCUGAAGUGGCUGCAACCAGCGCUCAGCCCUUUCUGACGAAGCUUGAACCUCAGGUUUCAGCGGCAGGUCAGUACGCUUCGAGGGGCCUGGAUAAACUGGAAGAGAAGCUGCCGAUCCUUCAUCAGACAGCUGACCAGGUUAUUUCUGAUACGCAAAAACUGGUGCUGUCAAAAGUAGUCAGUGCCAAAGAAGCGGUAACCAAGGCUGUACAGAGUGGCAAGGAAAUGGUGGUAGACACCAGAAUGGGUAAGAUGGCCUUGAGUGGAGCGGAAGCCAUGCUGGAGAAGUCAGAGGAGUUGCUAGACCACUACCUCCCAAGGAUGGAUGAAGAGCUAGCUGAGCCUGCAGAAUCUGCACCAGCAGGAGCAGAUGCAGCUUCUGAGAAUCCCAGCUACUUGGUGCGUCUGGGCUCCCUAUCGAGCAAGCUCCGUCACAGGGCCUAUCAGCGUGCUGUAGUCCAGGUGAAAACUGCUCGGGAUAACAUCAGAGAGGCUUUCUCUCAACUGCGUCAGUACAUUGGGCAGAUAGAACAAAGAAAAGAAGACCUUGUCCAGGAAGGCGGGGAGAAGCUGCAUCAGAUAGAAAGUCAGACUUUGGACAUGUCUUCCCACAUCACCGAACAGCUGAAGACAACGUUCAAGAACCUGAUCGCCAACAUCCAAGGUUUGCCGAGCAGCCUCCAGCAUAAUGUGCAACAGGCCUAUCAUAGCCUAGAGGAGCUCCACGCUUCCUUUGCCAGUGCUCAGUCUUUCCAUGACCUUUCGAACAUCAUUCUAAGUCAAGGACAAAAGAAGGUCCUCAUGGCCCAGGACUAUGUAGAGGAUGUUCUGGAAUAUGUGGUCAAUAACACUCCUUUGUCUUGGCUUGUAGGGCCGCUUGAUCCUGUACUGGACGAACAAGGGAAUGUUGCAGAGCGCACAAAACCCAACGAGAGGGAAAGAAAGGCCUUACAUGCACCGAAACCCAGUGAGAGGGAAGGAAAGGCCUUAAAAGCACUGGAACAGAAGGAAAACCUGUGAUCUUGAGUUUCCAAUGAGUGUCUUUUUGGUUGGAAUGUAGGAUAGGGGGAAGCAGCUGAGACAGGAUUGGAGGAAUCAGACAAACUGCCAAAAAAACUUACCUUAAGCUACGCCCCUGGAGCUUUCCUGCCUUCCAAAAUAUGUGCCUGGGGAUGAGAGAUCCAAUAAUGAUAGGAAAUUAGCUACUAAGUCAUUGAUCUCUCCCUGAGGGGGCAUCAGACUUGACGCGUCAAAACAGCGGAACUGACUCAUCUUGCGCUUGUAAUUUCAGUAGUGUUUAAAAAUGUAUAGCUACUACUUGAGUGCAGCCGGUGUAUCUUGAAAGCCUGACUCUGAUGCUGAAUAAAUGUGAUUAUAGCGCGCUGAAGAU